AAAAAGAAACAGUCGGCCACGCUUGCCACAAAAAUCAUUCCGGGGGAUCCUUUACGAAUUUCCCCCUUUUUCACUUUUAUUCCAAUAUUGCUGUAACCUGUUUAAUUAAAUUGAAACUACAUACACACUUCAAAAUUCAGAAUGGCCGAUCUGGACGAUUUCUUCGCGAAGAAGGACCGCAAAAAGUCGAAAUCAGUCAAAAAGUUCGCGACUGCUGACGAAUUAGCAAAAAAACUUGAUGAUACCAAACAGAAAACGGACGUGCGGCCUAAGAAGGAACGUCCAACUCAAGAAGGGGAGGAAUCCGGCCGAGUGGGGGAGGAAGAGGAAUGGAAAGAUUACGAGGAGCCAGUAAAGGACUACACAGGGCUUAAGAUACAGGUGCUUCAGGGCGGUUCCGGAGCGCCCGAGUCGGGUCGCGAUAACUCGUCCGAGGACUCCGCCCCAGAGAACUCAAAAAACAAGGGACCGUGGAAUAAGCCAGUUGAAGCAGAACAAUCGCCGGCGCCCCCGCCUCCCUCUGAAGAGCAGCAGCAGCAGCAGCAACAACAACAGCAGCAACAGCAGCAACAGCAGCAGCCGAAGCAGCAAACAACUGCAUACGUGCCGCCGCAGUCACGACAGAGGGCCGCGGAACCUGUGCGUCGGAGUCACGCUCAGCACAAGAACGCGCCGGACAUCACCAACGACGACUACUUCCCCGUGCUGGGCGCGGCGGGCGGCAAGCGCGGCGGCGGCUGGAGCACGGCGGGGACGGGAACGGGCGCGGGCGGCGCGGGCGCACAGCGCACCGGACCCGGCCGCCAGCCGCUCGCACUCGGCAAUCGGUUCACGUCGCUGCAGGACGACAGCUAGCCUGGUACGGUGAGCAACGGAGAAGCGGUAAAGUGAAGUGUUAAUACGGACUUGUAAGCAAAGCCUGGCGCAUAGCUAACUUCUAUAAAACGUCAUGCAAACAUAAGAACAAUGCGCACUUCCGGUUUUAUUAUUUCGCGUACAGACCAGGCAAGCAAACGUCGGGCCCGGUUACGUCAAGACAGCAAACUUCAGGAUAAAAAAAAUUCAGAAAACGAACGUCAAGAUUUCAAACGUCAGAAAACAAAAGUCAGUGCAGCAAUUGUCACCAGAGUUACAUAAAACUAUGUAGGAUAUACGUACCUACAUUGCAAUUUAGGUUACCUAGUUUUGUACAUUUAAUUACAAGUAAUAUGCAUGAAAAAAACGUAUAUGCAGUGUACAUUACUUAAAAAUUUUUCUUGCUGGUCUUAAAUCGAAACAUCUCUUCAUUAAUUUUUAGAUGAAAAUAUUUUUGAAAUUAUUAAUAAUAAUUCAAAAUGUAUUUAGAUAGUGAAAAUCUCUUUUGUGUUAUUUAAUAUAUCUUUAAAACAUACUUAAAAUAAAAAGUAUUGCAAAAAUUGUUUUCAUUAAACG